UUAUUAUGCCAUUUUUGGAUCUAAAAUUUAUUCGAAAAAGAAUUAAUUAUCAUUAUUUUAUGAUACGAAUGUCGAUACAAUCAUUAACAUUACCAUUGCCAAUAUCAUCAUCAUCAUUGCGUCAAUUUAAACGCCGAAAAAGAUGGCCAACAUUCAAUUGUCUUUUAUUCGUGGCCAUAUUCUUCAUAAUCAUAUUGCCAUUAUUAUUGAUUUAUCGUCUUUAUUGGUUUCGUGAUUUUAUCUACAUAAUUAGACCAACAUUUGAUCAUAAGGUGACGUUUAAAAAUGUGAUUACACAUUAUCAUCUGAUCGAUAGCGGUAAUGACAGUACUGAUGAUCAAUUAUUGUGUUCAUUUCAUGGAUGGAUCGCACGAAAUAAUCGACAGCCAAAUAUCAAAGUGAUUGAUGCAUUUCUAUUUUCAUUAGAAUUUGAUUUACUUGAAAUUCGUUUACGUGAAUUAUGGCCUGUUGUCGAUAUAUUUAUUGCAAUGGAAGCGAAUCGUACAUUUAAUGGUCAAUCAAAACCAUUAUGGUUACGUGAACAACAACAAUUCACUAAACGUUUUGAAUGGGCAUCAGAAAAAUUGAAAAUUUUCAAUUGUCCAGAUCUUCGUCCAUUGGAAUCAGGACAAAGUCCAUUUGUGAAUGAAAUUCGUAUGCGUAAUUGUAUGACAUGGACAAUACGUUCAUUGGCUCGAACCAAUGAUUUGAUAAUUGUUGGUGAUGUUGAUGAAAUACCAAGACGUGAAACAAUCAAUCUAUUUCGUCGUUGCGAUGGUUUUCCAGAAAUUGUACAUUUACAAAUGAAAACAUUUUUUUAUUCAUUUGAAUUUUAUUAUUCAUCAGAUGAUUUUUGGCAAGCUAAACUGCAAACAUAUGAUCGAAAAAGAUUCUAUUAUAGCCAUCAAAAAGGUAGUGAACAUCUACUUGCUGAUAGUGGUUGGCAUUGUACAUUCUGUUUUCGUUACAUUCGAGAUUUUCGUUUUAAAAUGACAAGUUAUUCACACAAUGAUCGAAUAAUGGGACGUAAUUAUCUUCUCGAUGAUGAUGAAAUACAACGACGUAUUUGUAAUGGAUUGGACAUUUUCGAUAUGUAUCCUGAAGUUUAUAGUUUUAAAGAAUUGAUGCAGAAAUUCGGUCCAAUACCACAUAUGGAUAGUUUUAUCGAUAUACCAGCAACGUUAUUACGAUAUUCGAAACGAUUUCCAUUCCUGUUGAAAGGAAAUUGUAUACGUGAUGAUUAUCGCCAUCGUAGUAGUUUGAAAUGACAGAAAAAAAA